UCAUAGUGUGUGUGUGUGUGUUGAGUUGUUUCUAAGAUGGCGACGAAAAAAACGCGUCUUAUGUGAAUGCAAAUGCAAUCAUAACAACUUUUAAUUUUAUGCUAAUAAAUGUGCGCUAAUUUGAAACAAAUUUAUUAAAAAAACAGUGCUGAACAAGUGUAGCAUAUUUUACAUGUGAAAUUUGGUGCGAAAGUUUUGUGAAAAUGGCCACAAAUAUGUAUCGAGUUGGAGACUACGUCUACGUUGAGACAACGCCAAAUAGUCCCUAUCUGAUACGCCGCAUCGAGGAGUUGAAUAAAAACCAAACCGGCAAUGUGGAGGCAAAGGUCAUGUGUUUCUACCGGCGUCGUGAUCUGCCAAACCCACUUGUACAGCUGGCCGACAAGCAUCAACUGGCCACCGCCGAGGAUUCACCGCUGGCAACAAAACUGAAGAAAACUUGGCUACGCACACCGGUGGGCGAGGAGCAAGCGGCGCAAGCCGUGCUUGAUCCCUCUAUAGCUGCACUUGAAGAGGAACGCACCAGUCCAACGCAAGCGUCUGCCGGCGCCAACAGCGGCAAUUCCAGCGCCAGCAACAACUCCAACAACAAUAAUAAUACCAACAACAACAAUAAUGCGUCUGCUGGCGAUGCAGAGAAGAGUGAAUCCCUGACCAGCAAACAGCGCUACCAGAUCAAGCAUCGCGAACUGUUUUUGUCGCGACAAGUUGAAUCAAUACCCGCCACACAGAUACGAGGCAAGUGCUCUGUCACGCUGCUCAAUGAAACGGAAUCACUGCAAAGCUAUCUCAAUAAAGAUGACACAUUUUUCUACUGCUUGGUCUUCGAUCCGAAUCAAAAAACGUUGCUCGCCGACAAGGGCGAGAUACGUGUCGGUAGUCGCUAUCAGUGUGAUAUACCCGCAAAGCUAAAAGACACCGCCACGGACGAGCGUAAGCUGGAGGAGCUUGAAUCCUUGGUCUGGACACCGGAGCACAGUUUAACCGAUCGAAAAAUUGAUCAGUUUCUCGUUGUUUCGCGUUCCAUUGGCACCUUUGCCCGUGCCCUCGACUGCAGCAGCUCGGUGAAGCAGCCCUCGCUGCAUAUGUCAGCAGCAGCUGCCAGUCGGGAUAUAACGCUGUUUCACGCUAUGGAUAUUUUGCACAAGCAUGAAUAUUCAAUUGAGGAGGCCAUGUCCUCGUUAGUUCCUUCAACUGGCCCAGUGCUCUGCCGCGAUGAGAUCGAAGAUUGGAGCGCAUCAGAGGCUAAUCUCUUUGAGGAAGCAUUGGACAAAUAUGGCAAAGACUUUAAUGAUAUUCGACAAGAUUUCCUGCCCUGGAAAACGCUUAAGCAGAUCAUUGAAUACUACUAUAUGUGGAAGACCACCGAUCGCUAUGUGCAGCAGAAGCGUGUCAAGGCCGUCGAGGCGGAACUGAAACUCAAACAGGUUUACAUACCACAGUACAACAGUGGCAAAGGCAAUGGCUCCGCUAGCAAGUCUAGCAACGCAGCCGCUGGCAUAUACAAUGGCACCACCAAUGGCGGUGCCGAUCUGUCCAACAAUGGCAAACCAUGCGAAUCUUGCGGCACAACUAAAUCAUCACAAUGGAAUUCCUUUAGCAAUGGCCAUAUGCCAAGUCGACUCUGUCAGAGCUGUUGGGACUAUUGGCGAAAAUAUGGCAGCAUGAAAUCGGCGCACAAGGGCGAUACCAACGAUGUGGCCGAGGCUAAGAAAAAGGCAGCGCUAUCAGCAUCGCCAGCGUUGACAGCCAGCGCUGUAGUGGAUUUAAACGAUGAUGAUAAAGUCAGUGAUUUAAGCAAUCGUCAAUUGCACAGAUGUUCCAUUGUGAAUUGCGGCAAGGAGUUCAAGCUGAAAACACAUCUGGCGCGGCAUUAUGCCCAGGCACAUGGCAUUGCUAUAAGCUCUGGCUCACCGCGACCCAUCAUGAAGACGCGCACUGCCUUUUAUUUGCACACAAAUCCCAUGACGCGUGUGGCACGCAUCAUUUGCCGCAGCAUUGUGAAACCCAAGAAGGCGGCGCGGCAGAGCGCGUACGCAAUCAAUGCGCUGCUGGUCAAGCAGGAAUUUACAAAUCGUAUUAGCGGCAAAUCGCAGGCCGAAAUCAAAAAGCUGCUUUUGCUCAAGCCCAAGGAUCGCGGCAGCGUCACCAAGAUUGCCAAUCGUCUGGGCGCGCCUGGCAGUGGUCCACACGAGUGGCUCGUGCUAACGCCCAAGGAUAAAAUGCCGCAACCCGUUAGUGUCUCAUUCCCCAAGCCACCAAAAGCUGCCGAUGGCAGCUUAGUGUACGAGCGUGUGCCCAACAAAACGCCUGAUGUGGUCGCCCUACCGGUUACCACUGACAAGGAGCUAAGCAUAAUUCCAACGCAGGCAACAUCCACGAUACGCAAGCGGGCGCACGACGAACAUCAACUCAAUGGCACUGAGGUUACUAUUGUAGCCAGCGGACCGCCCGCCAAGCGGCCCAACAAGGAUCCUAUGCCCUCGCACUGCCCCAGUCCAGAGCAAUUUGCCGCCAUGAUGGCAGCAUCAGGUCAACCGCUCUCAAGACAUCAUCUCAAUGGCAAGCAAAAGAUUGCACAAAUGGCACGCGGUGGCAAUGGACGCAAACAGGUUAUAAGCUGGAUGGAUGCACCGGACGAUGUUUACUUUAGAGCCACAGAUGUGCACAAAAAAACACGCAAGAUACUCUCAGCUGUGGAUUUGCGUCGCGCAGCACGCAAACCGUGGCGCACACUGCCAAUCAAAUCUAUGGCCAACGAGCCGACUAGCAAGCCCAUUGAAUCACAAAUCGUCAUCCUGGACUGACCGGCGACAGCAGCGAGCAAAUUGUUCACAGCCAAUAGAUACGAGCAGCAGUAUCAGCAUCAGCAUCCGCCAUUUCCAUACACCAUGGAUGCGUUGCUCAACUAGUGACACACAGACAUGCAGACAUGCAGUCUCUUAAAAUGGCUUGCCAUGUACAUACAUACAGACAGACACACACACAUCCCGCAUGCAUAGAAAAGAAAAAAGAAAAACACGCCCAUAACACACGCAUAUACAUAUAUACCAUAUAGUGUAGGCAAUAGUUACAGCAUCUCUGUAUGACGUUCACUAUAAACGAAAAGAAGCAAAAACAGAUUACAACUGAUAGAGAGAGCAACAAGCAUAUAAAUAUCUGUUUCCACAUAACAAAUAGUAAGAGUAUAAGUGUUAAGACCGAAAGCAAUAGUAGAUCAACAUGAAAUCAAAUAUUUGUUCUCAUAUGUUAAUCAUGGAUUAUUUCAAAUCUCAGUAUACACCGCAUCCCAAAUACAAGCAGCAAAAUCGAAGCAAAGAUACAAGAAACAUACACGUUGUUUGUUUCUUUAUAAGUUUUUUUUUUUUGCCAAAUGUGCAUUUCGCUUGCAUUGUCUUUUUUAAAUUUAUAUAAUUCUUU